UUGCGCAUGCGCGCCUCAGAUCAUGCGUGCCCGAAUAGGUAACAGAUUGUGUCUUGGGCAAAGUCAGUUUAUCUGAAAGCCAGUUCAACUAACUCUCUCCUGGUCACGUUGGGAGUUUAACACACACUACUCUCAACAAUGAGGGCGCUUUUCACGGGGGUGUUUCGAACAGUGGGACUUGGAAUGAAAUUAAGAAGAUCAAUCCACUACAGUCCUGCAUGGCAAAGUCCUCUAAUACCCAUAGUUAUAGAGCAAACGGGCAGAGGAGAACGCGCCUAUGACAUAUAUUCUCGCCUACUUAGAGAGAGAAUAAUUUGUGUAAUGGGUCCGAUUGAUGACUCUGUGGCCAGUCUGGUUAUUGCCCAGCUGCUUUUUCUUCAGUCUGAAAGCAACAACAAACCAAUCCACAUGUACAUCAACAGCCCUGGUGGUGUGGUAACAGCAGGUCUGGCUAUAUAUGACACCAUGCAAUAUAUCCUUAAUCCCAUCUCCACUUGGUGUGUUGGUCAAGCUGCUAGUAUGGGUAGUUUGCUUCUUGCAGCAGGGACAACUGGCAUGAGGCAUUCAUUACCCAAUGCCCGUAUCAUGGUCCAUCAGCCAUCCGGAGGUGCUAGGGGUCAGGCCACUGAUAUCGCCAUCCAGGCUGAAGAGAUCAUGAAAUUGAAGAAACAAAUAAAUAAUCUCUAUUCCAAACACACUGGGCAACUGCUCGAAACUAUUGAGAAUAUAAUGGAGAGAGACCGCUAUAUGAGCCCCAUGGAGGCCCAGGACUUUGGUAUCAUCGACAUGGUCCUUGUCCACCCACCCCAAGCCGGUAAAGAUGAGCCUGAACUGGUUCAGAAAGAGUCUACCACAGCAGCUAGUCCUUCUGCAAUCCUGGAGUCUUCAGAACAAAACAAUGCUUCAAGUGGAACAUCCCACCCCACCCCUCACACAAACCCCAACCACAAUUGAUCAUACAAUUGUCUAUAUUCUGUAUACUUUUUGUGAUUAUUAAAAAAAUAAUAUAAAUAACUUAAA